AUGGGGGAAAAGGACGUCAGUGCCCACGGCCCCUUUCAACCACAGUGGCGCUAUGGCUCUGCUGGCCGAGAGAGGUUUCUCCGGGCAAGCCAGGAAUUCGCCGAGUUCGACGAUGGUGAGGGUCUGCCAGCUCCCGAUGAUCCGUGGUACUGGCCAGGCUGGGAUGGGCCUGCGCACGAUCGGCCCCAACGCAGUUCCCGACCGUCCUCUGCGAGAGCCAGGCAAAGCAAACCGCCAGGUGUGGGACGCGCUGCAGGGCCUGCUUUCGUCGGUGACGAGGUGCUUGGCAAUCGCCAAGAACCGGAAAGCCGGCCGGUCGACCACAACGAUUUCCGGAAUGGGACGACAGGCCAAGCCACAUCUCAAAUGGCAGAUUGCGUGAAAGGCGUCCUUUCUCGCAUAAACGAGGCUCUCACAAAGCUGGACCAACCGCAGGACUGGGAGCCUGUGAUGCCAGGCAUAGGGACUCCUGGCACGGCGAGAGCCCAGCAGGCUGAAGUGCAAUCUGCUGAAGCCUUUGCCUCCACACGACCCGGCCCUGGAAGCAGGCUCAGCGCUCGCGGGCACGUGGGCGCCAAGAGCCCGGUCCUGGUGACUCCUCGAAGCAAGAUGAUGUGGAGGGCAGCACGAUCGAUGCGUUUCUUCGCGCACGCCGCCGACCCUGCCGGCCUCCUGCAGACUCGGAGACUGGGACCUCCGCUCGAGAAGCCGGAUGCGAUGCGCUUGCUGAUCGUUUGGCACUCCAGGACUGGAAUGGCGAAACAAAUGGCAGAGGCGCUUUACACUGGUGCGCUGAAAGCGAUGCAAGACAUGGAAGCUGCAGAAACCGACUUUGCGAUCGACAUGCUCCGUGCUCAGGAUGCGCAGGUGAGCGAUCUGCUGUCGGCACAUGGCUUCCUCUUUUGUGCACCGGAAAACCUCGCUUCAAUGUCAGGUGAGAUGAAAGAGUUUUUCGACCGCUGCUAUUAUGGAGCACUUGGCAGAUUGAACGGACGUCCUGUCGCACUGGCUGUUUGCGGUGGCUCAGAUGGCGAGGGUGCAGCAAAUCAGAUGGCCCGCAUAUGCAGGGGUUGGCGCUUGAAAAAUCUGGCAGUGCCUUUGAUUCUGAGAAGUGGAGCGCAAACUCCUGAAGCAGUGGCUGCUGCGAAGGUCUUGGACACAAGCGGAACGGAGAAGUGCAUGGAUUUAGGUGGUCUGAUGGCGGCACACAUGCUGCUUGGGGUGCCGUGA